AUGGAGUAUGUCACUGACGAUCAGGUGCUCAAGAUCUUGAACGAGUUCAAGGAAAAUAAAAUUACUCUCGUGGAAUGGGAGACUCCUCUACUACAGCGCUUGGGCUAUCCGCUUGCACAUCAAUCAGAUUUACUAUUUUUGGUUCCCGACGAGCAAAUAAACGAUGCUAGACACAUCGCAUCAGCCUGUGGCUUACGAGACGAUAACAAACCGCUAAGCUAUAUGGCCGAAUACGCAGAGAAGAGUUAUCGCUAUGUCUAUGGGGAGUCAAGUCACAAAUUCAUCCUGGUGCCCAUUUCCUGGACUAGCAUUCAACAAAAGGAGCUCGUAGCUGUUGAUUUGGCUACACUGCCGUGUUCUUUAUGGACGGUGCAUGUUCCUGCCUUUUGCGCCGCCUACUUGCGCAUCAUCAUGCGAGAGAAUGCUGGAAGUACUGUUCGCUCGAUAGCAAAAGCAGAUCUGGCAAGCGUCAUCGGCUACAGCAUGUUCGAUAUGAGCUAUGAAGGGGACUAUAUGCCUACACCGGAGGAUCUAGAGCAUCUAGACGCUGCUGAAAAGGAGAAAAUGGCUGAAAAUGAUGCUCUGGAGAUGGCAAAUGCUCUUAGUAGCAUAAAGCAAUGGGAAUUUACGGAAGAGGCGGAGUGGGCAAGGGAUAUGAUGCUUCAGCUAGUAUCUGGGAAGCUGUCGUAUGACGAUUUGCCGACAAGAAGUAGACCAGAAGUGUGGCUCAAACCUAAAGUUGAGAACACGUAG